AUGCAAGGUGGCUUAGGCCUUUUUUCGGCAAAGGAGUGGAAUAAUGCAGCAGCUAUUAAACUUCUUUGGUUGAUACAUCAGAAAAAAGACCUGUUAUGGGUCAAAUGGGUGCACGGUCAUUAUUUACAACACUCAAAUAUUUGGCAAGUUCAACAUAGGAGCAAUGAUUCUUGGAUGUGGAAGCAACUUCUCAAAGUUAGAAACAUGUUGUUAGCUAAGUUUGGCAAUACUGAAGUAUUGAUGAGCUCAAUGGAUUCUUGUUGUGUCAAUGGAAAAAUCAGUAUGUCAGCAAUCUACAAUGCCCUGUACCAAUCUAAUACCUCAGCAGUAUGGGCAGAAACUACAUGGGGGAGACUGAAUUACCCUAAACAUUCCUUCAUCCUCUGGUUAGUUAACCACUCAAGGCACCUUACCCAGGAGAGAUUGUGUAGGCUGAGAUUAUUAGAUGCAAAUCUAUGUGUUCUGUGUUCCAGUCAGCCUGAAAAUUGUAAGCAUCUCUUCUUCGAAUGCCACUACUCAGCUGCUGUCUGGAACAUGUUGAUGGACUGGUUGAGAUUCACUUGGAGAACUUGUAACUGGUGCUUGCUCAUCCACUGGUACUCUCACAACUUGAGAGGUAAGAACUUUAAGAAGAAUAUGAAAAGAAUGGCUCUUGCUGCUGCUGUCUAUUCUAUUUGGCAAGAGAGGAAUUAUAGAAUUUUUCAAGCAAAAGCGAGGGGGCCUGCUGAUCUCUUUCGAGCAAUUAAGUAUUCCAUAUAUUCCAAAUUACUAAAUGAGGAUAUACCUGUACAUAUGAAGGAUGAACUUGUGAAGUUGUAG